AUGAGUAGCUCUAACUACAGGUUCUACGAGAACAAAUAUCCCGAGGUGGAUGAGGUUGUCAUGGUCAACGUCCAGGAAAUCGCCGAGAUGGGUGCUUACGUGAAACUUCUCGAAUACGACAACAUCGAAGGUAUGGUUUUAUUGAGUGAAUUGUCUAGAAGAAGAAUCAGAUCCAUCCAGAAAUUAAUUCGUGUCGGUAAGAACGAGGUCGUUGUUGUCUUGAGAGUUGACAAGGAAAAGGGUUACAUUGAUUUGUCCAAGAGAAGAGUUUCUGCUGAAGAUAUUGUCAAGUGUGACGACAGAUACAACAAAUCCAAGGCUGUGCAUUCCAUUUUGAGACACUGUGCUGAGAAAUACAACUUCUCUUUGGAGAAGCUUUAUCAGACCAUUGGCUGGCCAUUGCUGCGCAAGUUCGGCCACGCUUACGAUGCCUUCAAGUUGUCCAUCGCCGACCCAUCCAUCUUUGACGAUAUUGAGGCUCCUUCCAAGGAGGUCUUGGAGGAGUUGAAGGUUUACAUCAGCAGAAGAUUGACUCCACAACCUAUCAAGGUUCGUGCAGAUGUCGAGGUCUCAUGUUUCUCCUACGAGGGUAUCGACGCUAUUAAGGCUGCUUUGAAGACUGCUGAGGCCGAAUCUACCGAGCAAAUGCAGGUCAAGGCUAAGUUGGUCGCUGCUCCAUUGUAUGUCAUCUCUACCCAAGCAUUGGACAAGAACCAGGGUAUCGCUUUGUUGGAGAAGGCUAUCGAAAAAGUCACUGCUUCCAUCGAGUCUGCUGGUGGUAACAUCAAAAUCACUAUGGCUCCUAAAGCUGUCACUGCCACUGAGGAUGCACAAUUGCAGGCCCUCUUGGAUAGCAAGGAGAAGGAGGACAACUCUGACGAGGACGAUGAGGAGGAGGAGGAGUAA